CUCUCCCUUUCCUUUUUUAUUACUUUUUAUUUUUUUUAAUAUCGAUAUUGUAUAUAUAUUCUACUCCCUUUUUUCUCUAUUUCCUCUGAACUUGUACCUCUUUGGUUUUUAAGCAACGCUCUGCGAUUUCAUCAUUAUUUCCAUGGAAAACCCAACUGCUCUUGAUCAACCACAACAAGACGAGAAUCAGACAAACACUGAUACCGAUAACAAAAUCAAUGAAAAUGAAUAUCAGCUCUUGAAUGCGGAUCAAAACAGCGAUACAGGUGGCCCUUAUCAAAAUACUCUUCAACAGCAGUAUAACGAUCGAAAUCAAUUCAUGUUCAGCAUGUCACCACCGAGUCAACAAAGUAACACAAAUGAUGCGUCAAAGUAUAUUGGCUGGAAGGAGUAUCAAAGCGAGCCAAACCUUUUGUCUCAAUACGAAUUCGCUGCUACUGAUGUAGCAGUGCAAGCAGCAGCAGCAGCAGCAGCAGUAUCACAAGCAGCGACCGCUCCUCAUCCUUAUGACACCUUACAUGAACAACAACAACAACAACAACAACAAAAUAUGAUACCACCCUCCCCA